AUGGGAGAGGUCUUUUUCGUGGCUACGGAAGUUACGGAGGCUUCAACGGCAGUGUCGCAACGCUCCCGGCUUUCGAUCGGCAGUCGGAAGAGGCGCAGCCCGGGUCCAUGUUUUGCCUGUGGAGACAGUGGUCACAUCAGGAGAUGUUAUCCAAAAUGGAUACAAAAUACCUUUAUUUUCAAUGCCCCAAAAACACAUUGCAGAAACAAUAAGUCUUCUUUAUUAGAGGCAGAUUUUGUUGAAGAAGCCAUAUCAGAUUUACUUGAUAGACGUUUGAUUGAAAAAUGUGAUGUUCAGCCGUAUAUUGUGAACCCAUUAACUGUUUCUGUACAAAACAGUGAUAAGAAAAGACUCAUCUUAGAUUUGAGAAACGUAAAUUCGCAUAUUUGGAAGCAAUCUGUUAGAUUCGAAGAUAUAAAAACAGCUUUGUCGUUUUUAUACAAGGGCCACAGCAUGAUUAAGUUUGAUCUUACAUCAGCGUAUCAUUUUAUUGAGAUUUUUAGGCCACAUACAGAAUAUCUUGGGUUUUCCUGGACUGAUAAGAGCGGAAUACAAACGUUUUAUAAAUUUUUGGUUUUACCAUUUGGGCUUUCAAGCGCUUGUUAUAUUUUUACCAAAAUUACAAGACCCUUAAUUUCAAAAUGGCGAGGUGAGGGAAAAUCUGUUUUAAUGUUUCUCGAUGAUGGAUAUGCUUGUGAUAAGAUAAUAGAAAUUACUAGAAAUGUUGGCAAUCAAAUAAAAGCAGAUUUGUUAUUAUCUGGUUUUAUUCCAAAUGCUUUAAAGUCUAUAUGGGAACCUGUUCAACAGUUAGAAUUCCUAGGAACUGUCCUGGAUUCUGAUUCGGGAAUCAUUUGUAUUCCUAAACGGAGGUUAGAUAAAGCUUUCCGAACAAUUUCAGAGAUUUUGCUGUCUAUUAAAGUUCAUAGAAGAGUGACUGCUAGGAAAUUGGCUAGUAUAGUUGGUCAAUUGAUAUCAAUGUCCAUUGUCACAGGUCACGUGUCUCAGAUAAUGACACGUGCAUUAAGUAUUGACAUUCUCAAGGCGCCUUAUUGGGAUUCGUAUAUAGCAUUGUCCGAUGAAAGUAUAACUCAGUUAAGGUUUUGGGAGUCGAACUUGACUUAUCUAAAUAAACGGGAUAUGUUUGAGUCCACAAAGUGCUCAAAGAUUGUUUUUUCAGACGCUAGUAGCUCGGGUUAUGCAGGUUAUGAGGUAAAUACAAUCAAUGGAACAUCUCAUGGUAUGUGGAAUGAAGAAGAAAGGUUAAAAUCAUCCACAUGGAGGGAGUUGGUUGCUGUAUAUAGGGCCCAUAAAGACGAAAUCGAAGAAUUACCUGAGGUAUUGGCGGGCAAGGUGGACCUUCUUCCGGAAUUAUUGCAGAAAUCUAGAGCCGAAAAUACAUGUCAAAAGUAUAAGAACAGUUUUGAUCGUUGGAGAAAAUGGGCUUAUUGUAAUGGUUUGGGAAGAGGGGAUAUUUUGCCGGCUAAACCUUUAUCAGUAUCAUUAUAUUUGUGUUCAAUUAUUCAAAGUGCCAAUGGUUCAAGUUCUGUUAUUGCUGCUUUUUACGGAAUCAAAUGGUUCCACGAUUUAUAUGAUCUUAAGUCACCGACAGAAUCAAAGCUAGUCCAAAAUGUAUUGGAAGCUGGAAAAAGAAUUCUUGCUAAACCUGUUAUCAAAAAAGAACCAAUUACCAUUUCUAUUUUGUUUGAUUUGCAUAAACGUCUUUAUGAAGAAAACAACGCUAAAAAUCAGCGAAUAAUUUGCGCAUGUUUGAUCGCGUUUGCAGGAUUUUUGAGAAGCUCUGAGCUUUUAAAUAUUUUAGUAUCUGAUAUUGUUUUUGACAAAGAGUACAUGGGUAUUUUCAUGGAAACCAGUAAAACUGAUAAAUACAGAGACGGAGCUUGGAUUGUGAUAUCCCGAACCGGUACUGCACUGUGCCCUGUUGUAAAUGUAGAAAAAUUAAUACAAUGGGCAUGUUUAAAAGGAACGGAUUAUUUGUUUUGUAAUCUAUCUAAAGUAAAAGGCGGAUAUAUCAGUAGAGAGUGUAAUAAAAAGAUGUCUUAUUCAAAUCUGAGGGAUCAGUUUAAACUGGCACUGACACCUCAUGUUUCUAAUAUCAAGAAAUAUUGUUUACACUCAUUGAGAUCAGGAGGGCUACUGCUGCGGCACAAAAUGGCAUUAAAGACAGAAUAUUUAAAAGGCACGGUCGUUGGUUGA